AUGACGUAUUUCGAUAGUAUAGCCGAGGCAGAGCUGGAGUUGCUGUCGGCAAGUCGACAAUAUGACGGCGUGGAUGACGACGACGAUGAUUCGGACGGAUACGGUGUCGGGGUGAAAAGGGGACAGAGGCAGGGAUUACUAAAACGGACACACGAUGGUCGGACAGGUUGGCGGACGGUCUAUUACUCAAAGUAUUGGUGGCGUGCUCUGAUUGGGGUUGUGGUGGUCUUGGUCCUCCUGGUGUUGGUAUUCCUGGGCCUUGCGAGGUCGAAACAGGUUGGGGACGAGCUGGAUUAUUCAAUGAUCCCGGCUGAAUCUUGGUUUCCUAGCCCGCGGGGCGGAGCCUUAAAGGAAUGGGCAGCGGAUUAUCAAAAAGCGGCGCUGUUGGUUGGGAAUAUGACCCUCAUCGAAAAGGUCAACAUCACGACUGGGACCGGUUGGCAGAUGGGACUCUGUGUGGGUAAUACGGGGCCGGCCGAAUCUGUCCACUUCCCCUCCCUGUGCUUACAAGACGGCCCGAUGGGAAUACGAUACGCGGAUCACAUUUCAGCCUUCCCACCUGGUUUGACUACGGGUGCCACCUGGAAUCGCGACCUAAUUCGGGAACGAGGGAUUGCGAUGGGGUUGGAGGCGCGUUUGAAGGGCGUCAAUGUCCUUCUCGGGCCGUCAAUGGGACCUCUCGGAAUGAUGCCCGCAGGUGGAAGAAACUGGGAGGCUUUCGGUUCCGAUCCCGUGCUGCAGGGAGUUGCUGCCGCAGAGACGAUCAAGGGCAUACAGAGUAAUGGCGUCAUGGCUACCGCCAAACAUUUCGUGAUGAACGAGCAGGAACACUUUCGACAACCCUUUGAAUGGGGGAUUCCGACCGCGCUAUCAUCCAACGUCGGCGAUCGUGCCUUGCAUGAGGUGUUUGCAUGGCCUUUUGCCGAGAGUAUCCGCGCGGACGUAGCCAGUGUCAUGUGCGCAUACCAGAUGGUGAACAACAGUCACGCCUGCGAAAACAGCAAACUCCUGAAUGGGAUUCUCAAAGACGAGCUGGGGUUCCAGGGAUUUGUGCAGUCCGACUGGCUGGCUCAACGAUCGGGGAUCAACAGCGCAUUGGGUGGGCUGGACAUGAGCAUGCCAGGCGAUGGUUUGCACUGGGCGGACGGAAAGUCCCUGUGGGGCAGCGAACUGACCCGUGCCGUGCUCAACACGUCUAUCCCCAUGGAGCGACUGAACGACAUGGUGACCCGUAUCGUGGCGGCAUGGUAUCAUCUCGGACAGGACCAAUGGGAACGGCCACCGCCAGACGGGGAGGGCGGUCCCAACUUUUCCUCUUGGACGGAUGACCAAACCGGCUGGUGGCAACAAGCCAGUGUCGAGGCAGGCGAUCAGGAUGGCGGAUGGGGUAUUGUUAACAAGUACGUGGAUGCCGGCGCAGGACACGGGGACAUCGCGAGAAAAGUAGCAGCGGAAGGCAUCGUCCUAGUGAAGAACAACAAUAACACCCUACCGCUGUCUCGUAGCCCGCCGAGUCCUUAUCGCAUUGGGAUCUAUGGUGACGAUGCUGGCCCGGCCUUAGGACCAAAUGCGUGCCCCGAUCGUGGAUGCAGUCAGGGGACAUUAGCGUCAGGCUGGGGCAGUGGGACUGUGGAAUUUCCUUUCCUUGUGAGUCCUCUGGAGGCUUUGCAGGGUGCUUGGGAAACCGAAGUCGAGAUAACCCCAUAUCUGCAGAAUAUGGUGAUGCCCGUGAGUGUUCAAGAUAAAGACCUGUGUCUUGUGUUCGCCAACGCGAAUUCCGGCGAGGGGUAUAUUCAUGCUGGGGGAAUUCACGGUGAUCGUAAUGAUCUAUUCUUGCAGAAGGGAGGCGACACAUUGAUUCAAGCCGUGGCUAACAACUGUGCGGGACCGACAGUGGUGGUUGUUCACGCUGUCGGCCCGGUCGUCGUGGAGUCAUGGAUUGAUCUCCCAGGCGUGGAUGCGGUGCUCUUUGCCCAUCUGCCCGGUCAAGAAAGCGGCAAUGCACUCGUGGAUGUCCUGUUUGGCGACGUUGACGCGAGCGGUCGACUGCCAUAUACAGUUGGAAAGAGCCUGGAGGACUACGGACCAGGGGCACAAGUGCUAUAUGAAAACAAUGCCCCAGUGCCACAAGUUGACUUCUUGGACGCGCUGUACAUUGACUACCGGUACUUCGACAAAUUUAACAUCACGCCUCGAUAUGAGUUCGGCUUCGGUCUCUCCUACACCAGUUUCGAGCUAUCCAAGCUGUACAUUAAGUCGAUGCAAUGGAAGUCCCGACUGCCCAAGUCGCGACCGCAAGACCAAGUCUCCCCGCCAGAGUAUGAUACUCGCCCACCCGUAAAUGAAAAUGUGCUUUUCCCGGAAGGGUUCCACGCGCUAAGCAAGUACGUCUACUCGUAUCUGCCAUCGCUGGAUGGCACAGCCGCAGCAAAUUAUACAGAAUACCCCGACGGCUAUGACUUGCCACGACAGCCGUCUGAAGCAGGAGGCGACCUCGGUGGAAACCCGUCGCUAUAUGAAGAGAUGGCUAAAGUGCAAGUGCAAGUGGCUAACACGGGUGCCCGCGCUGGUCAGACCGUGGUCCAGGCCUACGUGUCAUUCCCAUCGGACGUGGUAGAAGAGGGCGACUUAGUAGAGGUGCCGGUAGACGAAAAGGGGGAGACUGUGACCUUUGUGCCAAGUAAAGAACAGGUCGAAUUCCCAGACCGGGUUCUCCGCAAUUUCACCAAGAUUGCUUUGGAACCGGGCGAAAAGAAGACAGUUGAAAUGACUCUAAGCCGCAAGGAUCUCAGUUACUGGAGUGCUCGCCAACAGAAUUGGGUCAUGCCGGACGGCGACUUUCAGAUCUGGGUCGGGCAGAGUUCGCGGGAUCUGCCCUUGCACGGCAAGUACUGA